AUGAGUUCACAUGUUGAUGGUGAUAUUUCUUUGGUCCUUGUUGUUGUAAAAAUGCUAUUAGGCUUUACUCCUGUCAUGUCAUUCAUUGAGGAGCUUGAAAGCAAUGGCCAAGUAACGAAGAGUGAAUUCAAGAAUGACCAUGUUCUUUUCUACCUGGAAAAUGUUUGUGGUACAGCAAAGAGUUUCACCUUCUCCGUUGAGCAGAGUAACCAUGUGUCAAACAUUAAGCCAGCCCCAGUCAUGGUCUACGAUUAUUAUGAAAAAGUUUCCUCAGGCCAGACUGGCUUUCAUUACCUUCUCUGCUAAAGGAGCAACGCUCAGUCAGGAAGAGAGAACAUUGGUAGCAAUCAGGCCCCGAGAAAACGUGGUCUUUUUCAGACAGAUGCCCACCUGCAAGCCUGGAC